UCUCAGUGGUGGAAAUGUUGGACACGGGGAGGGUCGACUUACAGAUGACAUUGACGCUAUGUAGAUGAGAACGGGGGGAUUUGUGCUCCGUGUAACAGCCCUGGCCGCUGAAGAUAGACGGUGUUACGAGGUGAAGCUGCUGCCUUGUUUUCGUGGUGUUGUUUCCCCGCUCUGCUCUCCUCUGCUUGGCUCUCUCCUUCGGCGUCACCAAGCGAACGGACAGCACCACUCACACCUUGUUCCUGCUUUCCUGCAAACUCACCUUUCCCAUCAGGAUCGUCGUUUAGUUCUGCUUAUCUAUCUCUAAAAAAAUAUUUUGAUUUUGGUCUGCCCGGUUAGAAGCUUCACGAACACAACUUUUAGAAGAACGCACGGAAUACUAUAACAUGUCCCACAAUUCUGGCUGUCACAGCAGUUUGAUUGUUCGCUUUUAACUUCCUCCGUAUUCCCGCUUCCUUGUUCCCGCUCCUUCACAUCCAACGGUCCAUCGGCUGGGUAACGAACCGCGGAGCUGCUGUCUACGUGGAUCAGUGGGGUUCAAAUCUUCCAACCGCCUGCCAGCCUUGCCAGGAAAUCAACAUCUAAUCAGAGAGASAUGGCGACUAAUGGAACUAAAGCCUCGGAUGGACACGUUUUAACGGAGGUGAAUGCGGAGCCUAAUGACAAACCCAAAACCUUGGUCGUUAAAGUCCAGAAAAAGGAACUUCCCGAAAGAGAAAACUGGAGUGGAAAAUUUGACUUUCUCCUGUCUUGCGUCGGGUACGCAAUUGGACUCGGAAAUGUCUGGAGAUUUCCUUAUCUAUGUGGGAAGAACGGAGGAGGGGCCUUCUUGAUUCCAUACUUUUUGACGCUCAUAUUUGCUGGCAUGCCCCUGUUUCUGCUGGAAACGUCCCUCGGUCAGUACACAUCGAUUGGAGGGCUUGGKGUGUGGAAACUGGCUCCCAUGUUUAAAGGUGUUGGCCUGGCCGCUGCAGUGCUUUCUUUCUGGCUAAAUAUUUAUUACAUUGUCAUCAUUUCCUGGGCCAUAUACUAUCUCUGGUCCUCCUUUACUUCUGAGCUACCAUGGCAAUCAUGUGGAAAUUCUUGGAAUACAGAGCGUUGUUACACAAACUACAGCAUCCCGAACGCUGUCAACCUCACCAGCGCCGUUCAGGAAUUCUGGGAACGUAACAUGCACCAAUUGACGGACGGUCUGGAGAAGCCUGGGGAAAUCAGAGCGCCUCUCGCCAUCACGUUGGCCAUCGCCUGGGUCCUGGUUUAUUUCUGCAUCUGGAAAGGUGUCGCCUGGACCGGCAAG